AUGGAAGAGCUAGACAACUUAGAGACUAGGUACAACGAUACAAUCACAAUCAAAGACUACCCGACAUCAUUCAACCUACUAGAUAACGAUUCGUCCCCCGAUAUACGAAAUUUACGAUACAAGACAAACACUGACCAUUUGAAUUGUCCAAUUUGCCAACAACCCUUUAUAACUCCACUAACAACGAUAUGCGGACACACGUUUUGCAAAGAGUGUAUAUUGGAGUUUGUGAAAUCACUUAAAAACGGGUCUAACAGUUCCAGAGGUGGUCAUUGUCCCCUAGAUAGGACUCCGAUUGACCCAGCCAACAUCAAUGACUUAUUCCCCACACCAUUGAUUGUGACCAAUCUUGUUGAUGAUUUGAAAGUGUACUGUUUAAACAGUGAACGCGGUUGUGACUGGUCGGGGAGUAGGUGGGAAGUUGAUCAUCACGUUACGGAAGUUUGCCUUUACACGGGAGUGAAAUGUGGCGGGAAACGUGAUAACAACAAGGAAUGUGAGUUGAUUGUUGAGAGAAGGUUUAUGAAAGAUGUUGAAACGAAUGAAUGCGUGCAUAAGCUAUUCAAGUGUGAGUUUUGUGAUACAGAAUUGACAAAGAUCGACGAAGAGGAGCAUCUUGAACAUGAAUGUUUGUACAAUUACAAAAUGUGUGAGUUAUGUGGCAACGACUCAAUCUCACAAAAGAACAUGACCAAACAUCAAGAGAAUUGUAUAAAAAUGGGCAAAGUCAAGUGUCCAGCACAUGAAAUUGGAUGCAGAUGGGUCGGUUCAAAUGAGACUUCUUUGGAAAUACAUCUUCAAAAUGGAAACUGCCAAUUGAAUCAGUUCUUGCCCUUUUACAAUGCCAUGAAUGACAGGAUGACUACUUUGGAACUGGAAAAUCUGUUUCUUCAGCGACAAUUGAACAAGAUAUUGGAUUCAAUCAUUCAAGGAAAAAUCACAAACUUGGGAUACAAUGAAGGAUUAGAGGAGAUCAACAAGUACUCUGGUGAAGAAGAUCAAGAUAAAUUGAUCUACCUCAAUUUCGAAUUGGAUCGUCUCAAGUUUGAAAUAAAUGAGAAAUUGAUUCCAUUUAUAAAUAGGUCAAAGAUUAGUGAUCAAGAAAACAUGAUCAAGAAUCUAGUUAAUGACAAUUUCAUGAUGCGGGAAGAUAUGAAUUUACAAAGAAUGAUGAUCAAUAGUUUGAGAAAGCAGCUACAGUUUAUGCUCUUCUCCAGGAAUAGGGGUGUUGGAGGAGUUGGAGGAGUAGGAGGAAUAGGAAGCACUAUGCCUAAUACAAUGCAUGGUGAUGAUUUCGGUUCUGAUAUGUAUGAACUUGAGUCUAGAAACAGUUCUGAAGAAAGAUUCAAUUUGAAAUUGUAA